GGUAUGAUUGGCUGCACUAGAUGUGUCGUUUCCGAUGUUGAGGGCAGCUGCCAGGACUCCUCUCUCACUCGAAUACUUUUUUAACGUCACAAAGCAUCCGGGCCAAAAUGUCCGAUUUCGACGUUAGGUAGAUCAUGAGGUUUGUUAUGGAGUCUCUAAGUCGAGUACGACUUGUAGGAAUCCAAUGUCCGACAACUACAAACGCCUGCUCCCGGCGCCGAUGCCCUCAGGCUCUGCCCAGGCAAACGCAUCGGAAUCCUCCUUCCAACCGAAGGAUACCGGCCCUCCCGUUAAGAAGCGUACCGUCUCUAAGGCUGCUUGCAACAACUGCCGCCUCAAGAAGAUCCGCUGUGAUGGCAAAAGACCCUCCUGCACGGCCUGCAGCAAGGCGGGUGUGGAGUGCAAUUUCGUCACCGCCAGCAGCGACGAGACACCUUUCAUGGCUUUGAAGCGGGAAGUCGAAUCCCUUAGGAGAUCAACGGAAGACAUGCUGGAAAUAUUCGACUUGUUGGAGUCUGCUCCCGACGCGGUUUCUCUCGACAUCUUAAGGCGCCUCAAGUCCAACAGGAAUGCGGCCGAGGGGGCGAACGAGACUUCCGAUGUAUUGGCAUACGUAAAGAAAAACCUCGAGGACGAUCCCCUUUUACCCGUGAAGCUAUCCAACCGUCAGCUAAUGGCUGGCCUCAUACCCGAGACGCAACAGACACCCGAAUACGAACUCAUGGUGCGAUGCCCAACUGCGUACCCCAUGCUAAUCCCCGUUGAGAUUGCAUUUAUUAAUCUAGCCGACCUACUCCGACCAUCUAUUCUUGAACAUCCGAAGAUGCCUAAUUUCUUGGAACAAGGAGACACACCAUCGUCCUCAAGUGUCCCCCCUGGGUCAAAUGAGGGCGCGUCUAGGAGCGGGACGACACCGGUUUUCAUAGACGCAAGCGAAUAUGGCUUGGGAAGUUUCGAACCUCUGCAGUCGACCCACACGCUCGUCGACGAUCGGCUAAGAGACAUAGAUUUUCGGAAUUGGACACAAAUUCCUAUCUCAAACGAGCUCGGUGCCACGCUUAUCUCGCUUUACCUGGAGAUCGAUCAUCCGUGGUGUCCUCUAUUCGACGCCGAUUUGUUCGUAAAGAAUUGUGUGGAAGUGAAUGCACAUUUCUGUUCUUCUCUGCUUGUGAACUGUGUGCUGGCUUGGGCCUGUCAAUCAUAUUCAAACCUAGUGCCUGAAGCGGCGACGCUCGCCGGUCCAUUCGAGACGGAAUCCGAGCGGUUGUGGCUAAUAGACAAGUUCAACAACACACUAACCGCCGUAGCAUCUUCUCAGUUAUUGAACAGUACAGCAUCCUCCCGAGGUCGAGACGAGUUUGCGACACAGUGUCUACAUGAAGGUAUUGAAAUGGGAAAGCGUAUGGGUCUCUUUGGGGUGGGUUCCGAGAACUCGUCGGCCCUAGCCUGGUUGGAUCAUCACCAAGAUUGGCUCAGAGCUGCGUGCCAUACUGCGUGGGGUAUAUUCUCAUGCGCCUGUAUGCGUUCCCUGCACCUUCACCGCGCAGAAAUUGAGACACCGCCCCUGCUUCCCAUGCCCGGAGACUACUUCGAGACCCAUGGCAACCCCAAUUUUGCUUAUUCCCAGGGCCGAACCCUCGUGUCGACCCAAGUAGGCACGACUUUCAAGGCGGUAUCCAAGCUCAAUUUGAUUACGCACGACAUAGUCUGGACUUAUUUCGGCAAAACCGAUACCGUCCCCGCCGCCCGAGCAACGAUUGAAUUCGCGGAGCAGAUAUACCAAAGAUUAUUCGAGUGGGCAGCAGCGCUCCCUCUCGAAUUAGCGCGGGGGAGACGCAAUCGUCGAUCCAUUUUAAUGAUUCAUCUUUAUUACCACUGCACCGUCAUGGAGCUAUUUUGGCCGUUCCUACAAACGACAGCCGACAAAGUGGUAACAGUCAAUCAACUCACAGCCACUACAGCUAGCGCCAAGCACAUACACGAGGCAUCAGUGAAUCAGCUUAAGAGGCUAAUUCUCAUAUACUGCAUCAAUUUUAGCGAGGCGUGCUCGUCGACACUAUGGCAUGUCGCAAUGCUAUACCUAGCCAACGCUAUGCUCUGCGAAACCAUGCGAUCCGGAAAUUUGCGAGAUCCAGAGUGUUGGUUUUAUUUUAUGCUGUGCAUGACAGGUUAUCAAAAUAUGUGAUGGCACUUUUCAGGUGGUCGAGGUAACUAUGCUUG